GUCCGGAGUUCAGUCAGUGAGAGGAAGCGCUGUGUGUGCUUAUGGCAGUUUUACGUGGAUGAAAUACUAAGGAACGACUUGUACGAAUGCAUAACAAAAAUCAUCACUUAACUGAGAAUUACAGAGAGACGUGUGCCAGAACGAGGCUUUGCUGCUGACCACCUCCUCAGCGGCUGUCUCUCUGUGAGGACUUUGACGGGGACGGAGGACAAGGACAAAAUGCCACUCAUGGAAAUCAGUGUGUUUCGGACAGGGGCGGGCACACUGAUCGCCUUUUAAAUAUCAACUUUUGGAUCUACAUUACCACAGAUGUGGAUUUCCAGCCCUCCUCAUAGAGUAUCUUUCUGAACACUUUUCCUCUGUGAAGAACGGUGACUCACUGCAGGCAUAAGGCGAUCCGCUGCAUCCUAAUCAGACAGCGGAGAGGACUUCAGCUCAUUGACAUUAUAGUCAUACUUUUCUGGAGCACUUUUUUCUCCCACUGCGCUGCACUGUAGCCUGCGUGUGCAUCGGAGGCUUGUGGCUUUUUUGUUCCUGCACAGAGAGGAAAGGAGGAUACGGAUGGUACCUAGUGAGACGGUUAAGGUAUGAAACUGUACGCGAAACCUGCUGCAAGUGACUCUUUUGAUUUUUACAGUUAUAUCUUUCGGACUAUUACAGCAGUUUCUCUUUGGUGGCAUGAGUGAACACUUAAAAUAACUAUUCUGUUUGGAGACUGGAUCGCGAUUAUUGCUCAGAUGAGUCUGGGUGCUCAGCUGAAUAUAAAUUAGGUGUUCAGCACCACAGAUUGCUGGAAGAGGCAGAGGAAGAAAGAGAUUGAGCAAAGACAAUCCUGAAAGACAAAUGCAGAGGCCUCAAAUGAUGAGCAGAACUCUUUAUUUGAUGUUGAAUAACAGAAAUUCUAAAUCUGAACAAAAUAUCAACAGGUCAAAGGAAGAGUAAACACAACACAGAUUAUAGCAGCUUUUACGAAGUGGGGAUGUAUCUUUCUAUUUUCUUUUUCCUCCUCUUAUGGGCUCAAGCCCUGACAUUGAAAAACUUGAAUUACUCUGUUCCGGAGGAACAGGGUCCAGGAACAGUGAUUGGGAACAUUGCCAAAGAUGCCAGACUUGGACUUGAACAGAUUGGGCAGGGAGGACAGGGUAAGAAAGCCAACUUCAGGGUGCUGGAGAACUCAGCCCCACAUCUUAUUGACGUGGACCCCCAAAGUGGACUGGUGUACACAAAGCAGCGCAUCGACAGGGAAACAUUGUGUAAGAGAAACCCCAAGUGCCAGCUCUCCAUGGAAGUGUUUGCUAAUGACAAAGAGAUCUGCAUGAUCAAAAUAGAUAUUCAGGACAUUAAUGACAACUCACCCACUUUCCCCUCAGAUCAGAUUGAUAUCGACAUUUCUGAAAAUGCAGUGCCAGGGACGCGCUUUCCCCUGACCAGUGCACAUGACCCAGAUGCAGGAGAAAACGGCCUGAAAACCUAUCAAAUAACACGCGAUGACUACAAUCUCUUUUCCUUGGAGGUAAAAUCCCGUGGGGACGGCACUAAAUUCCCAGAAUUAGUUAUUCAACGACCACUGGACCGAGAAGAACGAAGCCAUCACACCCUUAUUUUGUCAGCCACUGAUGGGGGGGAAUAUCCUAGGUCAGGUACCAUGCAGAUAAAUGUUAAAGUUAUUGAUUCCAAUGAUAAUAGCCCUGUGUUUGAUCAGCCAUCAUAUGUUGUGGAAAUUCCUGAAAAUUCACCUCCUGGGAAAGUCCUGAUAGAUUUAAAUGCCACUGAUCCUGAUGAAGGCAACAAUGGACAAGUAGUCUAUUCUUUUAGUGGCUAUGCCCCAGAGAGAAUCAGGGAGCUCUUCUCCAUAGAUUCCAGAACAGGGGUCAUAAAGAUUCAGGGCGAAAUUGACUAUGAAGAGAGCCCAGUUAUCGAGAUUGAUGUCCAGGCAAAGGAUCUAGGCCCCAAUCCGAUCCCAGGUCAUUGUAAAGUCACUGUUAAAGUGCUUGACAGGAAUGAUAACUGGCCAUCUAUAGGCUUUGUGUCUGUGAGACAGGGAGCCAUCAGCGAGGCAGCACCUCCAGGCACUGUCAUUGCUCUGGUCCGCGUCACAGACAAGGACUCGGGCAGGAAUGGGCAGCUUCAGUGCAGAGUGCUGGGUAAUGUCCCUUUUAAACUUGAGGAGAACUAUGAUAACUUCUAUACAGUGGUGACAGACAGGCCCUUGGACAGAGAAAUGCAGGAUGAGUAUAAUGUCACCAUUGUGGCCAAAGACAAUGGCAUUCCUCCUCUAAACUCAACAAAAUCAUUCACCGUAAAGAUUCUGGAUGAGAAUGACAAUGUUCCUCGCUUUACCAAGUCAGUUUACCUUCUUCAGAUACCUGAGAACAACAUCCCUGGGGAGUACCUAGGUUCAGUUCUGGCACAUGACCCAGACCUUGGCCAGAAUGGCACAGUGUACUACAGCAUAAUCAACUCUAACGUGAGUGGGGGUGAUGUCAACACCUACGUUAAUGUGAAUGCUGCUAAUGGAGCCAUCUAUGCUGUGAGAUCUUUUAACUAUGAGCAGAUAAAGUAUUUUGACUUUAAGGUUCUUGCUAAAGAUGCAGGAUCUCCCCACCUGGAGAGCAAUGCCACAGUGCGCAUCAGUGUUCUGGAUGUCAAUGACAACAUCCCUGUUAUAGUCCUGCCCCUACUCCAAAACGACACCGCUGAAAUCCAUGUCCCACGUAACGUUGGUGUUGGCUACAUUGUUACCACAGUGAGGGCAGUGGAUAAUGACUAUGGCGAGAGUGGGAGGCUCACCUAUGAAAUCUCAGAUGGCAAUGAGGAGCAUCUCUUUGAGAUUGAUCCCGUGACUGGGGAGGUGCGAACAGCUCACCCAUUCUGGGACGAUGUGAGCCCCAUCGUGGAACUGAUCAUCCGAGUGUCAGAUCACGGCAAGCCAACUCUCACUGCUGCCGCCAGACUCAUCAUCAAGGCCUCUAACGGACAUCCUCCCGAUGGACUGCCACGCACAAAGGACAAUCAGAACUGGGACAUGUCCCUGCCUCUUAUUGUAACUCUAAGCAUCAUAUCCAUCAUGCUUUUGGCGGCCAUGGUGACCAUAGCAAUCAAGUGCAAGCGGGAAAACAAGGAGAUCCGUACUUAUAAUUGUCGCAUUGCCGAGUACACGCACCCUCAACUGGGGAAAGGCAAGAAGAAGAAGAUUAACAAGAACGACAUCAUGCUGGUGCAGAGCGAGGUGGAGGAGCGGGAUGCCAUGAAUGUGAUGAAUGUGGUAAGCAGCCCUUCCUUGGCCACCUCUCCCAUGUACUUUGACUACCAGACACGCCUGCCACUCAGCUCACCAAGGUCAGAGGUCAUGUACCUCAAGCCCACUACCAAUAACCUCAGCGUGCCCCAAGGCCACGUGGGAUGCCACACCAGCUUCACAGGCCCAGUCACCAGCACUACAGACACACCUACUAACCGCAUGUCCAUCAUACAGACGGACAAUUUCCCCACUGAGCCUAAUUAUAUGACUAGCAGGCAACAGUUUGUUCAAAGCAGUUCAACAUUCAAAGACCCGGAGAGAGCGAGCCUCAGAGACAGUGGUCAUGGAGACAGCGACCAGGCUGACAGUGACCAGGACACCAACAAAGGCUCCUGCUGCGACAUGUCUGCAAAAGAAGCCCUCAAGUUGAAGGCUACAGGCGUGAAACCCCCACCUUUGGAGCAAGAUGAGGAUUGUGUGAAUUGUACAGAGGAGUGCAGAGUACUGGGUCAUUCUGACCGCUGCUGGAUGCCCCAGUUCCCUGCUGGAGGAAACCAGGCAGAGGGAAUCGACUACCGCAACAACAUGUUUGUACCAGCGGGCAUGGAGACUGUGCCCGAGACAGAGACCUAUGAGACUGUCAACCCCAAUGGCAAGAAGACAUUCUGUACAUUUGGCAAAGAGAGACGUGACCACACUAUCCUGGUUGCCAAUGUCAAACCCUAUUUGAAGGCGAAACGUGCCCUCAGCCCACUGCUCCAAGAAGUUCCCUCAGCCUCUAGCAGUCCUACCAAAGGUUGCUCCACCACGUCUCCCUGCGCCUCAGUUAAAAGUCCAGCUGACGGAGCUGAGGGCAAACCUCCACCUGCCACCUGCUCUGGCCACUACGGGCCUCCUGAUGGUCAGUACCUGUCACCAACCAAACAAACCAGAGACCAGGGGGUCUACCCACCCUUGCCUCCCUCAGACCCGGUGGCCAAGGUGCUUGCUGAGGCCCGGUCCAGGAUCAGCCAAGAGGCAACAGGUGAAAUGGAGUGUGUCUUGGAGCAGGUGGAACCCGAGGGGAACCGUGACCGAAUGGAUGCUGACCAGGUGGUGAGAGACAUCAACAAACUGUUGCAGGACUGCAGAGGAAGUGAGACCACUGGCACACUCAGGAAGUGACACAAAGGACUGCAACAAAAAGAAAUAGGGAGGUAGAGAGAGGAAUAGUAAGGUAUUCCAGAAACUCUCAUGCCAAAACUGUCACCAAAAUAACUCAAAAAGGUUAAAUGGCCCUUAUGAUAGGAGCCCUUUUCACUGUAUUUGUUGUUGAAAGUAUCAACACUGGACAUAUAAUGGGAACAUUUAUUAUAUCAAUUAAGUGGCACCAGUUUUGGUGCUAAGAUCCUUACCAACACAAAGGAACUGGGAAUCAAGCAUCUGAAUUCUUUUUUUUUUUGUUUUUUUGUUUUUUUUUUUUUUUUUUUUUUUUGU